AUGGCUCCCGAUAUUAAUUCUCUACCGCGGUCAGAACCUAGUCUAGAUGGCCCUCGCCAAGCAGCUCCGCCAGUGGCCAAUGGCACCAGUGGUACCAACGGCUCUUCCGAGAACCCUCCUAAUAUUCUCUUUAUCAUGGCGGAUCAGUUAGCUGCUCCGUUGCUCAAGAUGUACAACUCGGAAUCUCAGAUCAAGACUCCUAAUCUUGACGCCCUAGCAUCCAAGUCUGUUCAGUUCGACUCUGCAUACUGCCCCUCUCCCCUCUGCGCCCCCUCUCGUAUGAGUUUGAUCUCUGGUCAACUACCCAUGAAAAUUGGGGCGUACGACAAUGCUUCGCAGAUCGGAAGCGAUGUGCCCACUUAUGCUCACUAUCUGCGCCUGAAGGGCUAUCACACUGCUUUAGCCGGCAAGAUGCAUUUCGUGGGAGACCAGCUUCACGGUUAUGAAACUCGUCUCACCAGUGAUAUUUACCCUGGCGACUUUGGCUGGGCUGUCAACUGGGAUGAGCCUGAUAGGCGGUUGGAGUGGUAUCACAACGCGAGCUCUAUCCUCCAAGCGGGCACUUGUGUGCGAAGCAACCAAUUAGACUAUGAUGAGGAGGUUAUGUACAGAUCAACUCAGUUCCUGUACGACCAGGUCCGCGAAGGGCCAGACUCGAGGCCGUUCUGCUUGACAGUCUCUCUUACCCACCCUCACGACCCGUACACCAUUGAGGAAAAGUACUGGGAUCUAUACGAUGACGUAGACAUUGAGUUGCCUAAAGUCAAGAUUCCUAAGGAGGAACAGGAUGCCCACAGCAAGCGGCUGAUGAAGGUGUGCGACCUCUGGGAUGAGAAUUUCACAGAUGACCAGAUUAAGCGAGCUCGAAGAGCAUACUACGGUGCGGUUAGCUAUGUUGACGACUGCAUUGGGCGUAUUCUUCGCGUGCUCAAAAACUGCCGACUUGAUGAGAAUACUAUCGUGGUUUUCAGCGGGGAUCACGGUGACAUGCUUGGAGAACGUGGUUUGUGGUACAAGAUGAGUUACUUCGAGUCAUCAGUACGAGUACCCCUCUUGAUCUCCGACCCUCGGCGCUUCACCCCUCAUCGCGUGAAGCAGAAUGUGUCAACUCUAGACAUUCUCCCGACGUUGUGCGACCUCGUCGGUACCAAGCCUAUUCCCGGUUUACCCAUGGAUGGUCUUUCGCUUCUCCCCCACUUGGAGGGUAGAGAGGGUCACGAUACUGUGAUUGCCGAGUAUACAGGUGAAGGAACUAUUAGCCCAUACAUGAUGAUUCGACGUGGUCCUUGGAAGUACAUUACGUGUCCAACAGACCCGCCGCAACUCUACAACCUCGAGCGUGACCCUCUCGAGCUUGUUAACUUAGCACAGCUCGUUAACAAGGAGGCACUUGCUCCUGAGGAAGAAGAGGCGAAAGAAAAGUUCGAGAAGUUCGAAAUCGAGGCCAAGGCUCGGUGGGACUUCGAUGCCAUCACGAAACAAGUAGUACUAUCACAGCGGACACGAAGACUUGUGUGGGGUGCUUUGAACAAGGGCAAGUUCGAGGCAUGGGAUUAUAAUCCCGGCGAUAAUGGCACUUCGAAAUAUAUUCGAUCUUUCCUGCCCCUCGACGAUCUGGAGCGUCGCGCAAGAUACCCCCCUGUAGACAAGUAUGGUCGGGAGACCGGAAGAAUUCUCAUAGAUCAAGCCGGCUCACAUGGCGAGUAG